AAAUUUUCGUCCCCGGCGGUUUUUGUUUUGUUUUGUUUUGUUUUUUAACAGAAAAACUCGAACGCGAACAAUGCGUCUGUGCGUCACCUGUGCGCUCCUGGGACUUCUGCUCCUGACGCUUCUCGACUCAUCAGAAUGCUUGCAGACGUCGGUCCGACCAGACGAAGGCUGGACGGUGAAGGUGUCCACCGAUCUGCCUGUGGAUCAGUGUGCCGUGUGCACUGUGAGCGGGGUGAACGACACGGAGACAUCCUGCACCUCCUCUCUGUCCCUGGUACCCGAGGAGGAGGUCAAACUGCUGUUCAACUGCUCCCAGCCGAUUGAGCAGGCGUACACGGUGGUGAUUACUCGCUCUAUUGUGUGCACUGAGGACUCCUGCAGCCCUACAACCGGAGAAACUCAACCCUCCAUCCUCACUGAGUUCACCAGAACCUUCACCUGGGAGCUGACGGCACCCAAGAAGAUAGCCGUGAGUCUGAACAUCCUCGGAGAAGGAUUGUUGGAAACGACACAGCCGUGCUCCAGUGGAUGUCAGUAUUCUGUAACAAACGGCAAAGACCAGACUCGGUACUGUCGAGGCGGCUCUGUGACGACUUUGGACCUGCUUGACAAAGCUGUCGUUUCUCUAAAAGCUAAACCAAAAGCUCAAGUUGAGGACGUGCUGUUUCAGGCCUCCGCUGGACCAAUAAAGGGCCGAACAAUGGUUGUAAGUGUUGAUUCCAGCACGACGGUGGUGGUUAGCCGUAAUCCUGACAAACCAGAAUGUGAAGUGUGCUCUCCUGAUGGAUCCACUCCCAACUGUAGCCCCACAGAAAAGACCCUGACAAACGUUGAUAAUAUCUCGCUGGAGUUCAGCUGCCCCAAACCCCAAGAUAUGUACAGCGUGAAGAUGAACAAGAAGAUAGUUUGCACCACGGCCUUGUGCACUCCCGCUGCUGGAGAAGUCGAUCCUGAACUCUUCAAGGACUUUAAAAGGUCCCUGACGUGGGACAUCAGUGUCCCAGACAGGACCGUGUUAACUCUGGACUUCCCUGGCGGAUUAAAAGAGAUGGCCGGAGAAGAAAGUUGCCAAGAUGGCCACCAGUACUCAGUGAGUACAACAAAAAGAGACGGAAAGGUCAAAACAAACAGCUACUGCAAGGGCGGGACAGUUUCUCAGCUGGAUCUGCUCGGGGGGACGACGACUGUGACUGUAGACGUGCCCAAAGACGGAGAACUGGACCCGACAUCAUUCACCGUCAAGGCAGCACCAAGAGGUGGCAGAAUGAUGUCCGUGAUCCCCGAUCCUAAAACCAUCAUCAUCAUCAGCAGGCAGACCAACGAGCCCGACUGCAGCGUGUGUCGAGACAAGGUACCCAAACAGAUAUGUAACCCAAAAAUCCUCCGGCUGAAAGAUCCUACCAACACCUCCAUAGAGUUUACCUGUCCUCAACCUCAGGAUGUCUUCAGUGUGGAGAUCAACAGAGAAAUUGACUGCACAGAGACUUCCUGUUCAGGGAACAUCGUUCAGCCCGAGUCCUCGCUGUUCCCAGACUUCAAUCGCACCUUCACCUGGGACCUGAAAGUCGUCUCCACUCGGGCCUUCCAGCUGGACUUCCCAGAACUGGGAAUGCGACAGAUUCCCAACGGGGACACCUGUCCAGAUGGGCAUACGUACUCCCUUGUCACCUAUCUGCGCACGGGGCCAGCAAACAUCGGCACCUUUUGCAAAGGAGGAACUGUAACGACCAUCCUGGCUCGCUACAAGGGCCGCAUAUCUCUGCAGGUGCCUGGGGACCGGACGCUGGAUCCCGUUGACUUCAAACUUCAUGUUGGGCCUGAGACCAGCAUGGUGGCCAUAUUGAAAGUCAGCCUACCACGAGGUGUCUCCAGCACAGACUUCAUCUCUGCAAACUAUCCCGGUGACUUUCCUGAUAACCAGCAGAUGCAGUGGGAUUUCACAGUGCCUGGCAUGCACAACUACACGGUGCAAUUCAGUGACCACGCGGCUCCGGAGUGCCUCAACGGUAGCGUGGAGGUGGAGUAUCAGAAAAAGGACACGAAGGUGACCAGGCGGACUCUGACGGAUCCUCAGCCGGCGCACCAGCAGGGCGACUUCAGCAUGGUGCUGAAGAACUGUCAGACCAACACAACGUUGAAAGGACUCGCCCUGAAAUACAAAGUCUCUCUGAUGAGGAGCGGCCACCCAGUUCUGUGUACGGUGGACCUCACCAAACACCAGGCAGUGUCCCUGCAGAUCCAGAAAGUGGGCACUGAUCCGUACUGUGAGAUGAGCAUCGACUCGAAGGUUGAGGAGAAGAUAAUCGUGGCUGCAGGCAGUAAAGCCAGCCUCUCCUUCCUCGACUGUCCGAAUGAAGACGUGCGCCUGACCGCCAGCCAACUGAUUGCCUGCCAAAAUCUGGCGUCUUGCUCUCCGACCGUCCUCGCCGUUCCCAAACUGGAUUUCUCCCUCCCGAUGCCGCUCCACAGCUUCACCUGGCACAUCACCAUCCCUCAGGACAGCACCAUAGAUCUGCGGUCGACCACAGGGGGUCUCCAGCAGUCCCUGCCCGGCCAGGAGUGCACCAAGUCCUCCUCCCUGCACGUUGCGGAGGACGGCGGGUCUUCUCUCGGAGAGUUCUGCACCAACGGAGUCAUCGAGAAGGUUCAAGUCCACGCCAACGUCUCCGUCACGGCAUUAAACAGGAACUUCCAGAAAAACCAGGAGACUUUUCUCAAUGUCAGCUUUAGUCAGGAGAUCCGAGAGACCAUUAUUUACAGAAUCAGUCCAAAGGUGUCGCCCCCGACCCUGCUGGCCUCCCCCAACUGGCCUGAGGGUAUGAUGCCUUUCUCCACCGUCUCCUGGAUCGUAGCUGUGCCGAGCGGGUACCAGGCGAUCCUGCAGUUCCCCAACAUCACCCAGCCCAAAUGCAAAGACAGGCACACGGCCAUGACGGUGAAGAUGCGGGAUCAGGAGGAGGAGCUAAUGAGCCGCAGGGAGGACGAGAAGGUGGAGGACCAGCUGGUGGUGUCGCAGAGCUUCUAUUUCAACAUGUCCAACUGUAUACCUGAGGAGGGACAGUUUGGUGCCGUGGCCAAAAUCGCUCUGCAGAAGAACAACAAUCUCCUGGCCAUCGCUCUCGGGAUAGCGGGAGCUGUUUUGCUAAUGCUCAUAGUGCUGUCUGUUGUUUGCGUCGUCACUAAGAAAAAGAAACAGGACAAGAAGAACAAAGAGUCGUCCAUCUACAUCAGCAAGGGGAACAUCUUCCGCCCGGGUGACAUGCACUUCACCAAAACUCGCACGGACAACGAAUCCCACGUCUACGACUCCAUCGAUGAGACGAUGGUGUACGGACACCUGCUGGGCGACACCAGCUACGCCGACAGCCUGCAGGAUAGUUACAAAGGGAUGCAGGUGGACUCUUACCAGACAUUCACAGGCCCUUCUGAUGGAGACCUGCCUGCAAUCAAAGAGCAGGACCACGAGCCCGAGAUGGACCAGUACAAGUCGUACCUGGACCCGUCUGAGUCUUUCCAUCCGGCCCGUCCGCGCACUCCUAUCGAGCGGCAGGAAAGUCUCGGCUUCCAGGACCGCAGGAUGGUGGACAAUGAGCUGUACACGUUCAAGAGCACGGGGGAUAUAAACACAAUCCGGCUCUCUGCUACCGACAUGGAACCACAGCCGUCGAUAACAGAAGAUUACUUGUAGUGGGUCUGGGCUGUAGUUGCAUGUUGGACCGCUGUUACUGAAUUCUCUUUACAGCCCCGAGCAUCUCUAGACUGCACCGAUGUGAACUUUGAUCACUCUCAGGGAAUCCGAGUACGAUGAGCCUCUGAUUAUGACAUGUCUGUUGCGUUCGUUAGUCAUUUCUAAAGCUUCAGGAGUAGAUGCUGUGAUCGUCUUCUCUCAACAAAGUUUGGCUUUUUGGGAGAAAGCUUUUUUGCUGUCUUGUCAGACGUUAGGUGAGCAGAUUCCUCUCUCAUGUCUGUCCAGUAAAAGGCCACAGACUGCAUCUGAUUAACUUUGCAUAGCAUAAACUCUGGAAAAAAGGGUGACAGAAUCCAUCCAUCAUAACUUCUGAAGCUAACCAAUUAACACGUAGCAAAAUAGUCCUGAAAAUUACCAAAAUGUUCGUCUAUAUGGCAAAUAACUCAUGGGAAAGUGUCAGCUAGCCAGACUUAGCUUAGGCUAGCCGGAGCUAACUGACCCUCGUGAUCUCUUUAGCUUUAGACCUGGAAUAGCUGGUAAUGUUUCUGCUGGUUGGGGGCAGCGGGAACAAGUUGUGAACACAACAUUGACAUCAUCACCUGUUCUUUUAAAGGGAACUUCUGUGAUGUGCUCGAAGAUGGUCGUUGUUUUUGUCAGUGGAUUCCAUUUCUAAGCUAACGCUAGCUACUGUUGGCGGAGCAAAGAGAGGUGCUGUCAACCGUCACGGAAACUGAGACCUGAAGCCUUCACAAACAAAUUAAUCAGGGGCAGCAUGUGACUAGAGUAUCUGCUAACCGCUGUAGCUGCCCUUAGCUAGUUAGCUCAGGUAACUGUGCAGCUAGCAGUUCAGAACUUGGAGCUCAGAGACCAGGGGAGUGUUGCUGUUUACAAUGCAAGCACAAGAGCUUUGGACCAGGACAGGUUGGGGCUAGCUGGUUAGCAUGCUAGCUUCAGUAGAUAUCUCUUCAACACAAUACUAUAUUGUUAAAGCUUCAGUUUAUUCACAUUCUGAUGAUAAUUUAAGUUAACUUUUUAAUGUUCGUUUAAAGAACUUGUAUAGGCAACUGAGAGUCACAGAAGGUGUCAUUUUGUACUUGAUGUUCCAGUCUGCUCACAUAAUGCCAGUAAAGAGUGAGUGAUACAUGCUAAUUAAUACAAAUUCUUACAUAGACCACUUUUAACUUGUUUUAUAUGUAUAUUUUGUAUUUGAUUUGGAUUAAACAAAUUAUAUAUAACUUAUUUGCUUCAUGCUAUUUGUCAGCUGAUACAGGGUAGCCAAUUCCCUUUGUUUCUAGCCUUUGUGCUAAGCUAUGCUACGCUAACCUGCUGAUUGUACCAUUCAAACAUGAGAGUGAGAUCAAUCUUCUCAUCUAAGUCUCUGCAAGAAAUGCCAAAAAUGUAAAACUUUGCCUUUUAAUGUUUGAUUUGUUUAGUUUUAUUAAUUAUGUACCUGUACAAGAUGGACUAAGAAAUGAUGGAUGGAAAAAAUGUGCAAGUACCUCUGGUCCUAUUUUUUAAAAGUGUUUUUACCAGAUUGUUUACUCGUCUAGAGAUAUUUGUUUUUUCUUUACUUUGUAAAUACAGUUUAGUUUUUUUUCAAUAAAUUCUAUGAGUGUUCUCGUG